GUUAAUCACAGAAAAGAAAUCAAGAAUCGAUUUUCGCCAAUACAGAAAAAAAAAAAAAUUCCCCCAUAACAAUAAAUUCCAAAAAUAAAAAAUGGCAAGACCGUGUUUGGUGUCGUUAUUAAUCACAUCAUUGGCGGUUACGGUCAUGGUUCUGGCUCUUGUGGAUGCAGAUUGCAUGGAUGAUUGCCUUGUAGGAUGUUCAGCUGUUGGUGCAUCACAAAUGAAGCAAUGCAUUGAUGAUUGCCAAAAGAAAUGUGGUGAUACUGGCAAAACUGAAAUCUUUGAAAGUAAUAAAAUGCGCACGGUAGAUGGCAAUUCCGGAGUUGCGGAACCUCAAGGCAUCAAGGAACACGUUAAAUGUUACUUUAUAAAAUGCGCCAAAUAUAAAUUAGAUAAGUUGAAAUAUGUCGAAUGCCGCAGUAAAUGUUAAAUCCAAGAUCAUAAUGAGAUCAUCGAUCAUUCAAUUAAUGCUGAGAAGGGGAUGUACUACUGAUGAUCGAGUAGCAUGGAUCUAAUUCUAGCUAUAUAUGCUAGAGUAUAUAUGUUAGCCUUUAUUGGCUUGUAAUCAAGGGUGAAAAGAUCAUUAUGCCCACACCAUAUUGUGAUUUGUCUCAAGCUAAUGCUAAAAUGCGCAAUUUUAGUUUGAACAAGACAAUCGGACAUGGAUCUGGUUAGCCUUUGAAUGAUAUUUUUCUUUAAAAAAGUUUAUCAAUAAUCUCACUUUUUCCCCUUACAGUUACCGCG